AGAGGAGGAGGAGAGGACUCCUUCCGUCCCUCGCUCCCUCGCUCCCUCCCGGACUUUGGCACUGUGCGACAGCGAGCGGAGGGAGCGGUCUGCCCAAAGUGGUCGGGGCCCGCCCAAGCUAAGUCCUGUUUAGAUGAGCGGUCGCCUGGCGGAGGAGGAGGAGGAGGAGGAGGAGGAGGAGGAGGAGGAGGAGGAGGAGGAGGAGGAGGAGAAAGAGGGCAGCCGGCCGGGUCCCGCGCGAUGUGGGCGUCGGUGCCCAACGUGUCGCUGAACGGGACGGGCCCGGCCUCGGGCCGGGGGUCCGGCGCCUUCAACGUGGCCCUCUUCGCCUCGACGCUGGUCCUGAGCGCGGCGGCCCUGCUGGGCGGCCUCUGCCACCUGUCCGCCCUGCUGAGCCGGCCCCGCCGGACGGCCGUGGCCCUGCUGGUGGCCGCCUGGUCGGUGGACGACCUCAUCGGGGCGGCGUCGGGGGUGGCCUUCCUCUCGGUGCAGUGGGCCCGGCCGGGCCCGGCCGCUCCCCCCUGCGCGGCCUGGGGUCUCCUCUACCUGGGCCAGGGGCUGGCCAGCAGCCUGAAGGCGCCGGUCCUGGCGGGCUACCACGUCUACACCACGAUGGGCCCGGCCGGGGGAGCACCCCGGGCCUCGACGGUCCCGGCGCUGGCCUCGGUGCUGGCCGUCUGGGGGCUCAGCCUGGCCCUCUGCCUGCCGCCCCUGGCCGGCUGGGGGGCUUAUCUGCCCACGCCCUGGGGCUGCCUGGUGGACCGGGCCAGCGGCCAGGCGCUGGUCCCCGUGUCCGUCUUCGCCCUGGCCUUCGGGCUGCUGGCGGCCCUGGCCGUCCCUCUGACCCCGAGGCUGCUCUGCUCCGAGGAGGACCGGCCCGGGAGACCCCCGCCGGAGACCCCGGCCGCCGCCGCCCGGAGGGUGGCCGGCCAGCUGGCCCACGGGACGGCCGCAGGGGCCCGGCCCGGCCGGAGGGAGCCCCCGGGACCCUUCGCCGACCGCAGCGCCGCCGUGGCCUUCGCCCAGAAGCGAUUCUCUUUGAUUCUGGCCUUGACCAAAGUCGUCCUCUGGCUCCCCAUGAUGAUCCAGAUAUUGGUCCAGCACGUGGGGGGCUAUCAGAGCUCCCCCUUCGAGAAUCUCAGCUUUCUGCUGACUCUGCUGGCGGCCACCGUCACACCCGUGUUUGUGCUGUCCGAACACUGGAUCCACUUUCCGUGUGGGUGCAUCAUUAACUGCAGGAGGAACGCCUAUGCCGUGGCCUCGGAGGAAAGCAAAACCAAAAGAAGAGGUUUUGAAUUCAGUUUGUCAUUUCAACAAGGUUAUGGGAUUUACAAGAUAGCUCACGACAAUCUCCGUGAUGAGGAUGAAAACUCUAUUUCAUAUCACAACUUGAUCAGCUGUGAGAGCGAAACCCCCAGAGAGACUCCGAAAGAUAGCAGCAACCCCUUCCACGCUCAGCCCGAGGAGUUCAGUACCAUACUGGUCCAGGACAGCUCCAUCCUAACGGACACGGAUAGAGAACCCAAACCUAGCAGUUCCGACGCUAAGCAAGACACGGACGAAGACAAAGCCACCGAACGGGUGUCGACAGACAAGACCAGAACAUUUACAAGGGAAGAUUCCAGAAAUUUGGAAAAGACGACCAAUUUGGAAGGGCCGGAGAGAAGGCUUUCUCACGAAGAGAGUCGCAAGCCUGAACUUUCGGACUGGGAAUGGUGCAGGAGCAAAUCUGAGAGGACACCCCGUCAGGUACAGUAGAAGUUGCUCUUCCAGGGAAAUCAAGGGUGAGGAUUUAACCCCGGGUGUAUAGAAGUGAUGUUAAUUGCUUAACGCUGACCCCAUAAGCAGUCACUUGGGUCUUUCCCCAGUCCUCCCCAACCCCACCUUUCUCCCUAUCUUUUCCAUGUAUUUUUGCUUAUCUUUAAUACAUUUUUUCCAUUGCCUCAUCAACUCAUGAAAAUACAUCCCCAAGCCUGAUAAACCCAAGCAUGUGUGUG